AUGGAGGGCGGCCCAGAGCAGCUGCAUCCGGCCAAGGCACUAGGGGAGGCUGGAGAUGGGAGGGACUUGGCUGAAAUCCAGGAGCUGGCCCUGAAGUGGUUCAUGGAGACACAGGCCCCCUCUAUCCUGCAAAAUGGAGCUCUGCCCCCCUGGUUUCAUGGAUUCAUCACUCGCAAGCAGACAGAGCAGCUGCUCAGGGACAAAGCUCUUGGUUCCUUCCUCAUCCGCCUCAGUGACCGGGCUGUCGGCUACAUCCUUUCUUACAGGGGUAGUGAUCGCUGCCGCCAUUUUGUCAUCAACCAGCUCCGAAAUCGACGGUACCUUGUCUCAGGAGACACCCUCAGCCACAGCACCCUGGAAGAGCUCCUACGCCAUUACCAGGAAGUGCAGCUUGAGCCUUUUGGGGAGACCCUUGCUGCUGCUUGCCCACGGCUAGAGGAAAAUGACCUGUAUGACGCUGUCAACACGGGCCUCCAGCAGACUAAUCUAGGCCUGGAAAAUCCAGCUGCCAUGGAGUUUCCCACCGUGGUUCCUGACAAGGCCACCAGCCCUCGCCUGCCUGCAAAGCCCCAGGUCUCCUUCCUGCACACCAAGAAAGGCCUGGAUGUGAGUCCCUGGACUGUCUCGAAAGAGGAAAGUGCAGAGGCACCCACUAGAGUGCCCCCCAUUCCCCAGAGGAGUCCCUCCCUUCUGGAUGAGCCUUCUGCAGGCCCCAGUGAUAUCAUUUACGCGGACCUGAAGAAGGCGAACCGCGCACAGAAAGGCCUGGGCACAGAGGUGUCCGGCAGACACAGGCCAGCUCCAGCUGGCAGCCUGGCUUGUUCCCCAGGCAGAAAGCCCUCAAGGAAUCUCUCAGAUGAAGACCAGAACAAUCCCAAAAGCCCGGAGCCUGCCCCGUCUGGGGUGAAGACAGACCAGUGUGCUGCAAUGCCUUACAGUUCCUUAGGAUUGCCCCUGCUCCCCAAUUCUGAGGCCCUGGGACCACGGGCUACUACUUGGAAGCAGGGGUUUCGAAAGCCGAGCCACGACGAGGCUCAGUCCUCCUCUGAGGCCAGCUCUACGGAUACCUACCAGCUUGUUGGGACAGCAGGCCUACGCCAGGAGAGUAGGGAUAGACCAGACCACGGCCCUUAUGAGCAGAUUCCAACCUGCUGGCAAAGCGCUACUAAGUUCCCAUACCCUGGAACCAGUCCCACCUACAGCCAACUAUCAGGGCCCAUGAACUGUGGCUAUGAGAAGAUCCCAGGGACCUCUCAGCUCCCAGAGCCAGGGAACACCUAUGAGCAAAUCCCAGCCUCCAAGAACAAGGACACAGGACGGGCGCACAAGCCUGACAAGUUCCGGAGGCUCUUCUUCACAGACAAGAAACACAAAUUCUGAGGGAGGCCUGGCAUCCAGAGGGUUUCCUGGCAUCCAGGCCACACCAGGGAUCACUAGAUACCCUCAGCUCACCUGCAGGUGUGACGCAACCAGCCACUGUGGACCCAGGCUCUGGGGUGCAGCCUAGGCACCUGCCUGGGAGGCAGGGAGAGACCUUGCCAUAGCCUGUGACUCCUGGAUGUGUCCUCGACGCUGUCCAUCCACAGAGUGAAGGAACUAAGGCCAGCGGGAGCGGGGACUAACUAAAGGAAGGGUUGGGUGAACAUGUAGAGGCCAGGCUGAUGAACACACAGAGCCCACCUCCUACCUCAGAUACUUAGCAAGCAUGUGGCAGGCCCCUUACCCAGGCACACUGCCUUCUUCCAGCUGCCUAAAUGACAUCAUGCUAUUACUCCUGAGAACAAAACCAGUUCCCUUCCUCGUGGUCCUGCCAGGCGAUAGGGAAAAGGCCAGGAGCCACAUCCUCUGUACCUGCCCCAGGAGGAUUGGAGUAAGAAGCUGGGUCCAGCCAAGGUCCAGCUCAAAAGCCAUGGCUUUACCCAGCAGUGGGCUGGGCCCCUGGGAACUGCCCCCCCCCCACGUCUUCCUGGCCAACUCCUCCAUCUUUAUCCUAGCUUGUGCUGCAGAUGAAGAAACCGAGACCCAGAAACUUAUUUGAGGACGUAGCUGGUGGGGGUCUGAACAGAGACCCCUCAAUAAGGCAGGCCUAAACUGGGGAUGCACUGCUGGGCAACAUCUGGAGCCAGUCAGGGGACACUUGAUGCCAUGCCUAUGUGAGCAGGUCACCCCUGCCUGCCCUCUGCCUCCAGCCAGCCCUGAACUUUGGAUCAACCUAGAUUCCUCCAUGGAACCCACCAUCAGCCUGGCGGUUUGGCCUCCGGAGAGCUCCUGGGGCUUUUCCCAGUCACCAGCUUUGGAAUGGGACACUCAGGCCUCUUGCCCCAGCUGUUCCCUUGGCCAAGCUGGCUCUUCCUUGUCCAUGUGUCCCCACCUCCACAGGGUGGGCCACUGGCCUGCUUUCUUCUCUCCACCCCUCCUCCACUCGCAGGAGUCAGGAACCAAGACCACUGUCCCCUCUCCGCCUGCCUCCAUGCAGGCCCCGGGCAGAACUGGCUCAGUACACGUUUGUGAGGAAAGUCAUUUCUUAGUAGACCCUGGGCUAAUGCUCUUUUCCCUCUCUAGAAAGGAGAACUUCUAGAAGUCCCUAUCUGUUGGGGGGGGGGGCGGGUGGUAGCGGUGAAAGGUUUAAGAGAAGUGGGAUAGCCUGGAGCUUGAAAGGUUGAAGAGACGUGGGAUAGCCUGGAGCAAACAGUGGUGAGCACUCUGUUAGGCAGCUGUAACUGCUGCUAGGAAAAUGGAAGCAAUCCUCACCCAACAGCCUGAA